AUGAUCAACAGGUGCUUCUGCUGCGUCGCCGGCGAUGAUGAGCCUGAGCCAGCCGCCGCACCACCCGCUGGUCGUCGCACUCGCAGGACGAAUCCGUCGAGGACACCUAAGAGCAGGAGUAUAGAGUAUCCAUGGGAGAUCUACAGCCUCAAGGAGCUCCUGCAGGCGACCAACAACUUCAACGACAGCAACAAGCUCGGGGAGGGCGGAUUCGGCACCGUCUACUGGGGCCGCACCUCCAAGGGCGUCGAGAUCGCGGUGAAGCGGCUCAAGGCGAUGACGGCCAAGGCGGAGAUGGAGUUCGCCAUCGAGGUGGAGAUCCUCGGCCGUGUCCGUCAUAAGAAUCUUCUCAGCCUCCGCGGUUUCUACGCCGGCGGCGACGAGCGCCUCAUCGUCUAUGACUACAUGCCCAACCACAGCCUACUCACGCAUCUCCACCCCCAACGCGGCGCCCCCUCCUCCCAGCAGCAUCAGCCCCUCGACUGGGCACGCCGCGUUUCCAUAGCCAUCGGUGCCGCCGAGGGCCUCGCUUACUUGCACCACGAGGCGAACCCGCACAUCAUACACCGGGACAUCAAGGCGAGCAACGUACUGCUGGACGCGGACUUCGUUCCCAAGGUCGCCGACUUCGGGUUCGCCAAGCUCAUACCCGACGGCGUGUCGCACCUGACGACGCGGGUGAAGGGCACGAUAGGCUACCUGGCACCGGAGUACGCCAUGUGGGGGAAGGUCUCCGAGAGCUGCGACGUCUACAGCUUCGGCGUGCUCCUCCUGGAGCUCGUCAGCGCGCGCCGGCCGCUCGAGAAGCUCCCCGGCGGCGUCAAGCGCGAGAUCGUGCAGUGGGCGGCGCCGCUGGUGGACCGCCGCAAGUGGGAGCGCAUCGCGGACCCGCGCCUCGCCGGGCGGUUCGACGCGCAGCAGCUCCGCGCCGUGGUCGAGGCCGCCAUGCUGUGCACGCAGAGCAACGCCGAGAGCCGGCCGGACAUGGCCGAGGUGGUCGAGAUGCUCAGGUUCAGUGGGGAGCGGCGGACAACCAUGGAGAUCGUCCCGGUGGUCGCCACGAGCAGCGAGCUAACGACCCCAGACCUGCAAGACGUCACCGGCAGCAGCGAGCCCCUGGACAGGCGGAGCUGGAAGGUGGCCAAGCUGAGGUGA